AUGGCGGCCAUCCCAGCCUUGGACCCAGAGGCCGAGCCCAGCAUGGAUGUGAUCUUGGUGGGAUCCAGUGAGCUCUCAAGCCCCGUUUCGCCCAGGGAAGGCAGAGAUCUGAUUGCAUAUGAAGUCAAGGUUAACCAUCGAAAUAUAGAAGACAUCUGUCUCUGCUGCGGAAGUCUCCAGGUUCACACGCAGCACCCUCUGUUUGAGGGAGGGAUGUGCGCCCCGUGUAAGGACAAGUUCCUGGAUGCCCUCUUCCUGUACGACGAUGACGGGUACCAAUCGUACUGCUCCAUCUGCUGCUCCGGAGAGACGCUGCUCAUCUGCGGAAACCCCGACUGCACCCGGUGCUACUGCUUCGAGUGUGUAGAUAGCCUGGUCGGCCCCGGGACCUCGGGGAAGGUGCAUGCCAUGAGCAACUGGGUGUGCUUCCUGUGCCUACCCUUCUCCCGAAGCGGGCUGCUGCAACGCCGGAGGAAGUGGCGCGGUCAGCUCAAGGCCUUCUACGACCGAGAGUCGGAGAGUCCCCUUGAGAUGUUUGAAACCGUGCCUGUGUGGAGGAGAGAGCCGGUCCGGGUGCUGUCUCUUUUUGAAGACAUAAAGAAGGAGCUGACGAGUUUGGGCUUUUUGGAAAGCGGUUCUGAGCCGGGACAGCUGAAGCAUCUGGACGAUGUCACAGACACAGUGAGGAAGGAUGUGGAGGAGUGGGGGCCCUUCGAUCUCCUGUACGGCGCCACACCUCCCCUGGGCCACACCUGCGACCAUCCUCCCAGCUGGUACCUGUUCCAGUUCCACCGGCUCCUGCAGUACGCGCGGCCCGGACCAGGCAGCCCCAGACCCUUCUUCUGGAUGUUCGUGGACAAUCUGGUACUGAACAAAGAAGACCAGGACGUCGCGUCUCGCUUCCUGGAGAUGGAGCCCACCACCAUCCCAGAUGUCCGCGGCGGAUCCCUACAGAAUGCUGUCCGCGUGUGGAGCAACAUUCCGGCCAUAAGGAGCAGCAGGCAGUGGGCUCUGGUUUCGGAAGAAGAAUUGUCCCUGCUGACUCAGAACAAGCAGAGAUCGAAGCUCGCGGCCAAGUGGCCCACCAAGCUGGUGAAGAACUGCUUUCUCCCCCUAAAAGAAUACUUCAAGUAUUUUUCAACCGAACUCACUUCCUCUUUAUAAAUGAGUCACUAUACUGUGAAAAGGAAAAAAAGACUUUUCCUAGAACAAAGGCAGCUUUC